AUGUUUCUGAAGCACUUCUGUACAAAAGGCUCCACGAUAUCGAACGUGAGGAGGGUACUCCCCAUUAACAAUAGUCACUUUACAAAGAUUGCUUACAGAACUAUCACUAAUACACCUUACUAUCUGAAAUCAAAAAGAUCGAAACAUCAACAAAACAAAGUGGAGGUGAAUUCCUUAGAAGACUUAGUCAAAUUUGAUUCAUUAGAUGAUGUUGAUCCGGCAGUUAUUAAAAAGCUAAUAGAUGAAAAAACUCAAGAAUUGAAUUUAAAGGAUGAAUUGAAAAUGUUGAAGGAUUUCCAAGAAAAUGAAAAAUCUUUGACUAACAAGGAUAUACCAUUAAAGAAAUUUUGGAGACCAUUUUGGAUUUUCUUGCUGUUGAGUUCUUCUGUUUAUUUAACCUGUCAUUAUUUUUGGUGGAAGUAUAUGUAUGAAGAAAGAGAGAUUGACUUACAGAACCAGGUUAAUGAUUUAGAAUUCAAACUUAAGGAACUUAUGCGAAACGCUAACAUUAAUGGAGAAUUAAAUACGGAAAGAAACGUCUCUUUAGAUAAUUCUGAAGAAGUUGCUGCAAAGAAAAGAUGGUUCUGGAACAGAUAA